UCCAAAUAGUGAUUAAUUUAAAUUUAUAAAAGCUCAAAUUAAAAUCGAGCCGUUCAUACAAAAAUAGACGAUCGGAUCACGGCGGAUUCCCCGAUUUUCCUACCACAAAAUAAAGUUCUUCCCUGAUUUGGGAAUUUGGCGUCCACUCACUCUCUCUCUCUCUCAUUUGUAAAUACUGUACCUGUUACCCCUCUUCUCUCUCUAGCUAAUCCCCAUGGAACCUCCCCCCUUCUUCUCCCUGCCUCUCCCCACCUUCUUCCUCUUCUUCACAACCAUCUACUUCCUCGGCUAUUUCGUCAUCUUCCGCAACUGGAACGCCACCACCAGACCCCAAGCCUCCAGCUGCUUCCUCUCUCUCUCCCACGGCACCCCCGCCGUCGUCCUAUCCACCCUCUCUCUCCUCCAAAAAACCCCAAAAACCCACUUCAACUUCGCCUCCCCAAACACUCCCUUACAAAACCUCACCCUCGACUACAGCACUGCCUACUUCCUCGUCGACCUCCUCCACUACCUCCUCUUCGUCCCCACCGACCACCUCUUCAUCGCCCACCACGCCGCCACCCUCUACGUCUUCCUCACGUGCCGCUACGCCGUAAACCACGGGGCUUACCCCCUCUUGGUGCUCCUCGUCCUCGCCGAGGUCACCAGCGCGUGCCAGAACACCUGGACCCUGGCGGGGUUCCGCCGCGAGGAGUCCCCCGCGGCGGCCGCGGUUUACGGGUUCCUGUCUCCUGUGUUCUACUCUGUUUACACGGUGGUGAGGGGGGUGUUGGGGCCGGCGUUUGUGUGGGAGAUGGGGGUGUUUUACUUGAGGGGAGGUGGGGAUGGGGCGAUUCCUACGUGGGUUUGGGGUUCUUGGAUGGUGGUGAUUGUGAGUGCGAUUUUGGUGAGUGAUUUGUGGGUUUGGAAUCGGUGGGUCGAUUGGUGCACACAGAGGAGGAAAAAGGAUUAGUCCAAGUGCUGGUAAGGUAAGUAAUAGAAAGAAUUGGAAACAAAGAUUUAUUUCCAUUUUUUUGGGUGGGUAUUGGAGGCAUGACAACCCACUCACUGUUAAUAACCAAGCCCGGUACAGAAGCUAUUUACUAGUAUUUCCCUUUAUUUAUGAACAAAUUCUUUAAAGCACAUGUUUUCUUUCUUUCUUUAUGUACAAAUUGUCGUAGAUUCUUUGCUAGUGGAGAUAUAUAUUGUUAUUACUGCUAUAGAUUUGCUGCUUCUGUUGUAUUCUGUGCUUUAUAAAUCUCUGUUAUCAA